AUGUCCGUACACCGCGCCGGUGCGGGUGCUGCAGUCUUGGAUGGUAAACUUUAUGUGAUUGGUGGCUUUAAUCGUGCGCAUUUACGUUCUGUGGAACGUUAUGAUCCAAAGAAAAAUAGUUGGACACAAUGUGCGGAAAUGAAUGAGGCACGCGGUUGGCCUGGAGUGGCGGUUCAUAAUGGGCAUAUUUAUGCGAUCGGCGGUUGGUUCAAUGGCGCAAUGAGAACGGUCGAACGCUACAGUUUGUCAGCUAAUAAAUGGACGACAGUGAGUUUUGUGAUUACUGAGUUCAAUGAGAGCUUAUAA